AUGGAUUCAUCUGUCCAAAAAUUAUAUAUUAAUUUGAAACCACAACUUCCAGAUAUUGAAAUAAAUCUUUUCAGUAAAGGUUUAUCCUUAUUCAAAGAAAAUAAGAAAGAUGCUUUAAUUGAAUUCUCAAGAAUAUACAAAGAAUAGUAAGAGUAGGAAAAUUACUAGAAUGCAUUGCAGGCUUAGAUUUACAUAAUUAAGAUUCAAGUAUGGUUUACUAAUUACUUGAAUGUCAAGAAAUUGCUUGAGACUUAUUAAGAGUCCAUUUCUAAACUAAAGGACAAAAUAGCAAAUGAAAAAUUUAGAGAGCUUGAAUACUUUAGAGUUCAUAUGCUCUACAAAUCAGGAUAUUACUUUAAAGUACUGGAAACUCUCAAAGAAAUGGUUGCCUGGAAUCACCUUAAAUUCAAUAGAGUCUUAGAUGUCAAAUCUAAAAUAUAACUUGCUAGAGUGUACUUUGAACUUGGAAAUCAUUACGAAAGUAAAAAAUUAUUCUAAGCCAUAAAAACUUAGAUUAAAACAGAAGGUCAACUUUAAAAUAAUUAGAAUUUGUGGCUUUCAUUUUACAUUGUAAAAUCAAAGUAUUUAUUGAGUUUGAGACUCUUUAAAAAGUUUGCAAAAUAUGUGUUAAGAAUGUAUGACUGCCUUGACUAAGAUAAAUAAGUAUAAAAGAAAUAGUUAUAGAAAUUCUUUUCGUUAUCAAACCUAAUUACAUAUAUCGAGCCUAAAUUGAAAAAAGAAAAAGAGGCUCAGAAAGUUGGCAAGACAGAUUUGCAGGAAAUAUAUAACAGUUCUAAGCUACUUAUAUUUUCAAGUAAGUAGAGUCAGAAUUUCGUUACUAUGGUCAGAAUGCAGUGA